AUGAGUGACAAUCCUUUUGAGACACCUAUUUCAAAAGGAGAGGAUACUGCUGUAUCUAGUGCCACUAACGAUGCUGUGGCAUACGAAUAUUGUCUCAAAUCCGUCGAGGAAACUGCUGAAAAAUUGAGUACAGACGUAAAAGUGGGCUUAUCAUCUCCGCAAGACAUAUCAUAUAGGAAAAGAAUGUAUGGCUUAAACGAAAUGGAAGCAGAAGAAGAUGAACCUCUCUAUUUGAAGUUCGUGAAACAGUUCUAUGAGGACCCUUUAAUUUUGCUUUUGAUCGGAUCCGCCAUCAUAAGUUUCUUAAUGGGGAACAUUGAUGAUGCUGUUUCAAUUACCGUUGCCAUCACAAUUGUCGUCACUGUUGGGUUUGUUCAAGAAUAUAGAUCUGAAAAAUCGCUCGAGGCGUUAAAUAAAUUAGUGCCGCCAAACUGUCACUUAACCAGAAACGGAAGCACCGAAACUUUGUUAGCAUCGAACUUGGUCCCUGGUGAUCUCGUCCACUUUAAUGUCGGCGACAGAAUUCCAGCAGAUGUUAGAAUUAUCGAAUCUAAUGAUUUGUCUAUUGAUGAAAGCAACUUGACCGGUGAGACUAAUCCUAUCAGUAAGAAUGCCCUUACCAUUCCAGCACAAUCAGAGUUCACCAAAAUUCAUAUCAGUGAUUGCAAAAAUAUCGGGUUCAUGGGUACUCUCGUGAGAGACGGUAACGGUUCUGGUAUUGUUGUUUCUACUGGCUCCCAAACCGUUUUCGGUCAUAUUUUUAAGAUGAUGGCUGAUAUUGAAAAGCCAAAAACUCCUUUACAAUUAACCAUGGACAAACUUGGAAAGCAAUUGUCAAUGAUUUCCUUUGGUAUCAUUGCAGUAAUUGGCCUUAUUGGUAUUAUCGAAGGCAAGUCAUGGUUAGACAUGUUUCAAAUUUCUGUUUCUUUGGCAGUCGCUGCUAUUCCUGAAGGUUUACCAAUUAUCGUGACUGUUACUUUGGCACUCGGUGUUUUAAGAAUGGCAUCCCAUCAAGUGAUUGUGAGAAGAUUACCAAGUGUUGAAACUUUAGGCUCCGUUAAUGUUUUGUGUACUGACAAAACGGGUACUUUGACUCAAAAUCAUAUGACAGUUACUAAAAUCUGGGCUCCUCAACAAGAUAUGAUUGACAUCUCUGCUGAAGGAACUCAUCACGGCAGUCAUCACUAUGGAUAUGAUGAGCCAUCUUUUGAGAAAUUUUUGACUGCUGAUGUCCAACAAGUAUUGGAGAUUGGGAACAUUUGUAAUAACUCAAGGUAUUCGUCUGAAAAUGACCGGUAUAUUGGAAAUCCAACUGAUGUUGCUUUGGUUGAAGUGCUAAGAAAGUUUAAGCUUGAAGAUAUUAGAGAUACUAGAAAAAGAGAAAAAGAAUUGUCUUUCAAUUCCGCAAGAAAAUAUAUGGCCGUCACAGUUCAUAAGGGUGAUAAAUCGAAAAAUGAAACAUAUAUUAAAGGUGCCUAUGAAAAAAUCUUGAAUUACUCAACACAUGUGAUUAGCGAUAACAAGGCUGGCAAGGUAUCGAUUACCGAAGAAUUCAAACAAAAAGUGAUCUCUAAGGCUCUUGAAAUGGCCUCUCACGGUCUUAGGGUCAUUGCUUUGGCUAAAAAAGAAGGUGAAAUGGAUUUCAAUAAGGACCCAUCAGGCUUGAAAUUUGGUGGUUUGAUUGGGAUGUAUGACCCUCCUAGGCCAAACGUUCCUAAUGCAAUUGCUCAAUUUGCUAGGGGUGGCGUUCAUGUGAUUAUGAUUACUGGUGAUUCCGAAGGAACUGCUGUAUCAAUUGCCAAACAGGUCGGCUUGUAUAUUCAAGACGCCAGCAGGCAAGUUAUUUCCGGUGAACAAUUAGAUAAUAUGUCUGACAGAGAUUUAAGUAAUGCCAUUCAAUAUGUUAAUGUGUUUGCUAGAAGUACACCUUCUCAUAAAGUUCGUAUCGUCAAGGCUUUACAAAACAGAGGGGAUGUGGUUGCAAUGACUGGUGACGGUGUUAAUGACGCUCCUGCUCUUAAGUUGGCAGAUAUUGGUAUUUCUAUGGGUAAACACGGAACUGAUGUCGCCAAAGAAGCCUCAGAUAUGAUUUUGGUUAAUGAUGAUUUCACCUCCAUCUUGACUGCCAUUGAAGAAGGUAAAGGUAUCUUUUACAAUAUCCAAAACUUUCUUUGUUUCCAACUUUCUACUUCUGUCGGUGCCUUGGGUUUGAUUGCCAUUACUACUUUCUUAAAUUUGCCAAAUCCAUUGAACCCAAUGAUGAUUUUAUUUAUUAAUAUUAUCAUGGAUGGCCCUCCAGCUCAAUCAUUAGGGGUUGAAGCUGUCGACCAAGAUAUUAUGAACCAUCCUCCUAGAUCAAAGCACGAGAAUAUUUUAUCAAAAAGAUUAUUGCAAAGAAUUUCAUUGAAAGGGUUGAUUACCGUUCUUGGUACUAUAUUUAUUUACCUGAAGGAAAUCACCUCCGAUCAUCAGGUUACUAGAAGAGAUACUACUAUGACUUUUGUCACUUUCGUUUCAUUUGAUAUGUGGAAUGCUAUUAGUUGUAAACACAACUUCAGAUCAAUAUUCCAAGUUGGCUUCUUCAAGAAUAAAUUCUUCAACAUUGCUUUGGGCAUCAUUAUCCUUGCAGAACUAAGCAUUGUUUACAUCCCUCUUUUCCAAAACAUUUUCCAAACUGAAGGUUUGAGUUUUGGUGAUUUAGUAUUUAUUCUAUUUGUUACAUCUUCUGUUUUCGUGGCUGAUGAGGUUUUCAAGAUGAUGGUUCCAAACAAUAAUGACAUUACUUUCGCUGGCAAAGCCAAUGCGAUUGUAUAA